AUGCGCACCAAAACUCUGCCCCACGGGAUUGGUUCGUUUUGUGGUUCAGGUAUUUUGCAACUGAAAUUCCAGGGCGAAUUGGUCCAGAUCUUCGUGGGUCAGGGUGGGGCGCAGAUCGCCGACGCCUGCUGGGAGCUCUUCACACAGGAGCACUUCAUCUCCCCCAACGGCGAACUCACCAUCUGUGCACUGGACCAAAAACAGGGCGACGGCGACGCCACACCCUUCUUCACACUCAGCCAACGUGGCUUCUACAUUCCUCGCACCGUCAUUGUCGACACCGAGCCCUCUGUCCUUGAUGAAAUCCGACAGGGCAUAUAUCGAAGCCUCUUUCACCCCAACAGCCUUCUAAGUGGAAACGAGGAUGCCGCAUCGAACUUCGCGCGCGGAUACUACGGAGCACCGCCCCAACUCCUUGAAGCCUCGUACAACCAGCUGCGACACCUGGUGGAAGGCUGCGACAAUCUGCAGGGGAUUAAUUUGUACCGAACCUACGGUGGUGGCACUGGUGGCGGAUUCGCUUGCAAGCUGAUUGAACACGCCGCGGAGGAAUUUAACAAGAUCUCGCGCAUGGACUUUGGAGUGAUGCCGAGUGUCACGCUGUCGGCCGGUCCAGUUGAACCCUACAACGCCGUGUUGUCGAGCCAAGUACCCACAGAAUAUGUCAAUCUGGCGAGUUUGGUCGAUAACAAGGCCCUCCAACGCAUCUGCUGCUCUCUCCUCAAAAUCCAGAAGCCCAGUUUCACAAAUUUGAACCGAAUCAUAGCCCAGUGCGUUAGUGGACUAACCGCGACGUUCAGAUUCGAGGGUCCGACCUCAGUGAACAUGACUGACCUUCACACCAACCUUGUCCCCUAUCCCGAUGCUCACUUUGCCAUGAUUGGAUUCGCGCCAUUUCUGGAUCUCGAAUCCGCUUGUAGGGGUCCUAAGAGUUACAUGUCGGGGAUUGAUGACACUAACCGAAGGUUUUUUCACAUUUGGGAAGAAACGGACACGACAUCUCUUACGGAGUCCGUAUUUUCGUCUGAAAACCAAUUGAUUUACAAUACGGAUGGACCCAAGGUGUACCUGUCGUGUUGUCUUUUUUACCGGGGCAACGCAAGUGUCCGGGAUGUUAGCGCAUGCAUCGACGACAUGCGAUCAACCAGCAAGCUGCCAUUCGUUGAUUGGUGUCCGACCGGAUUCAAGGUCGGUAUCAGCUACCAACCAAUGACGAUCAUUGAAGCUAGCCGAAUCGGGCCCUCAGACACGUCUGUCAUGGCAUUGCACAAUUCAACGCUGUUCAAGGCGCCAAUUCACGAAGUGACGUAUGCCGUUGACAUCCUCAUGAAAAGACGAGCCUUCCUGCAUUGGUUUCUUGCGGAAGGCUUAGAAUUUGAUGAAAUCCAACAUUCCUUGACCACACUACAAAACCUCGAAGCCGACUACGAUUCGGUAAUCUGGACCUUUCUUAACACCUUACUAAUUGCUAUUAAGUAG